AUGGAUCAACUAGAACCGGAAGAAGGAACAAACUCCAUUACAGAAUCUUCACAAGAAUGGCACAUUCUUAACCUUUUGAGAGUUUGUGAAAGGGAUCUUUUCGAAAGUAACCUUCAAGAGUUCAGAAAAAUACAAUUGACUGAAUCUCAAGAUGGCAAAAUUCGGCUUUGUAAGUUAAUAAAUGAAAUUUUGAGGUUGGAUCCACAAUAUUCCAUAAUACUCGUGGAGGAUCUGUCACACCUGUUCAACGAUUCUAACUUUUUGGUCCAGAAAUUCUCACUAAUUUCCCUAGUUGACUGUUUUAACAUACUAUUUAGCCAUAUUAUCGCAUCAAAUGAGGCGUUGGAAACGGUUCGCCUCACCGGUACACUAGACUCACUUUCAAAAUCACAAAUCACAAGAUGUAAACACGCUACCUCAAUUAAUAAUGGAUAUCCUAAUAACACUCAAGGACCUAAUCAUUACAACACAUCAAUUCGUAGCAGCAGUGGACUUAACGGUGUUCCAAACUCUGUUAAGGGAAAUGAAGAGGAGGCCCAGGAGGAGGAAAACCUGCCAUUUUCAUUGGAUAAUAUCAGAGUUACAGAAAGCUUCGCAGAUUUUGCGUGCAUUAGGUUCAUGGUACACACAAGACUUCUCGAGUGUGACUUCUCAGAUGUCAAGUACAGCUCACCUCAUUUCCUCCCAACCCUAAUACAUAACAGAACAAAGUUUUACUCAGUAAACCUGCUAAAAAUGCUCUUUUACGAACUGGCAAAUUAUCCAAAUUAUCUAUGUAACCAAUGCAUUAGUGAAUCUGAAACAAGUGAAGGUUUAGAAACCAAUAAAGUUAAAAGUAAGAAAAAGAAAGUCAAAGGAGUUAAAACAGAGGAAACAAAUUUAGAUAUAUACGAAACACUGUAUAAAUGGCAUUCAGAGUCAGUAAAUUUACUCAAAAUACUAAUUGCCAGACACAAUAAAUACAGUGGAAUGGAUGGAAAUAAAAAGGUAAAGAAGGAGAGUGACGGGUUAGUGGAGUCAGUUCUGAGCUGUGAAGUGGCAUGUAGUUUAAUAGGGUUUUAUCCAGAAUACUAUUUUGAGGAGUUUGUAGACGUUUUGGUGUCUUUGCUGAGAACUCAAAGUCACACAGUCUUUGAGCACAUUUUGUUUAGAAUCUUCUCGUUCAACAACUGUUACAGAUAUCACCACCUGUUAUUGGAUAAGGUAAAUGAAAAGGGCUAUGGACUAGAUCUGGAAACUAUGUACAAGCUGGUUCAAACGCUCCCGUCAGUGUCUUGUGAGGCGUACAGAGGAACGAUGAUGGCAGUAGAUAACUCAGAGGCACCAAAUAAAGAGACUAACUAUGACCUGUCAGAUAAGCUUGUAACAAGUUUAUCAGUAGAAGUUGAUGAGAAGCUAAACUUGUACCCGGCAGCACAAAUCUUCGAAUUUGAUAAGGAACUAGUUAAAAAUUACAAGAGCUCGAAAUUUAAAAACUCACAAAUUAACAUUUCAAACAAUUUCUAUAAAAGGAAACCAGUUAAUAUUACACCAAUAUCCUAUGAGCAUGUUCAUACUGAUGAACCAGUUGAAGAAGGUAAUGAUAAGGUAAGAGUUGAGAGUGAUAAAUUGGAGAAAAAGUUGGAAAUAGUGGAAGACAGCGUAAUAAAGAAGAAUGAAAAGUUGUUUGUACGUUUAGUAGGAAAUCAAAUGAUCGACACAGUAUCAAGUUAUCAGAGGUUUCUAAAAUUUGAAGUGAUUGGGCCCAAAGUCGUUAAUUUCGAUAGAUUUGCAAGUCUAGUUUUGAAGCACUUUUUGGUAUCAAAUUUGAUUAAAUUUGAGAAUAGGAAAGAAGUUCUUAGAAACUUGCUUGACUAUUUGGCUGAGCACACGUUGAUAAAUCACGCGGAGUCCCAUAUUCUAAAAUCACUAAAACACCAUAGCGGAUGCUACGGACUUUCAUUAUUGUUCAAUUGCGUUAAUAAACAGAACAGCGUGCAGUUGUUUAACAAGUUUUUGGAAGAGUUAAAUAGGCAUAUAAUCUUCUCGUAUACAACUAAUUUCGCCAAGUCAACUUCAACAACCGAUCAAUCGAGGCAAUUAAAAUACAUGGACGAGUAUGAAACUUUCGUUAAUUUGUGCUUGUCGUACGUGUGUGAAAAGUUAUCAGAAAGUGAAGAAGUGAGUGACAUAUCAGUGAAUGCACUGUCGAAGUUCGUGUUGAGCCUGCCCAAAAUCCCAGAUAAAAUGUCAGACCUGAUAUUAGUUUGGGUCAACUCUGAAAACCAAGGGAAUUUGAAGCUAGCAUUUUCGUUAGUCUCAAACCUCCUAAAGCAUUCCUCAUUGGUUAAAAGGGCUGAUUUCGAGAAGCUUUUAGGGAAAGAUAAUUUUAGAUACAUCUCGAACAUGUUGCUUGUAAAAAGGUCAGUUUUCGCCAUAUUCCUGACAUGCAUAACAAGUAAAAGGAAGCAAGUGUCAUCUUUAUUUCUCAGACUCCUGUCAUCUCAAAAGGGUUUGUACAACGUAAAAUACAACUACACAAUCAAGUCGUUUGAAUCAGUUCAUGAAGAGUUUGUAACGAAACUCAAAGAGUUUAAUGGCUCAGAAGAUGAAAAGGAUUUAGUAGAGGAUUGUUUAUAUUUGUCAGACAGACCAUUUUGGCAAUGGCCUAAAAAAUUAGUAGUCCUUGCAACUCAAUUAUUAAACUUUAAUCUAUCGCAUGUUCUAGAUUGUUAUGAAGAUGUUGAUGAAAGUGUGGUUGAUGAAGGUUUUGAUGAUGGAGAUGAAGAUAUUGGAGUAUGGAUAGAAGAGAGUGUAGGAUUAAUGUGUAACAGAAAUAGUUUAAAAACUAGUAAAUUUAUCAAAGAUGCUGUAGAAAGUCUUUUUAACAAUGAAUCACAGGAUAACACUAUUGACCAAGCUACUGAUGAUAAAUUGGAUAGAGCAGAUAAAGAUGAAUUGGAUUUUGAUAAAUCUGAUAAAGAUGAAUUUGAAGUGAUAAUGGAAGAUGUGGCGGAAAGGAAAGUUUCUGAAGAUGAUUUGGUAUACUUUGAACCAAUGUUAUCAUGCUGUAUUAAGAAUAGCAGAUUAGUGUUUAGAUUAUGCUCACUGGCAAAUUCAUACCCAGGAACUCACUUUUAUACCAAAUGCUCGCUAACACUAUCCAAUUAUCAAAAGGAACUACAGCUGAUUAUCAAGUAUAAUGAAGAGUAUAUGAGUUUGGUAGAAAGUGUAUUGGAAGAAAUGAGAAAAAAUUGGUGUAAUGUAAUGUUCAAAUUUGACGAGAGGACAAGCUUGGAGAAGAAUUUGAUGAAGUUGCUGAUGGAAAAGAUGAGCGUAACGCCGGAAUACGUGAUACAAAUGUCACCGUUCUUGACACCGGAACAGCUGAACAAGCUAUUGACGUUUUUGUUCAGGAAAUACGAAAAAGAUAAAAUAGUCAAAGUGUUAGAUGUCAUAAUUGAAACACCAAAAGUGUCAUUGCCACAACACUUCUUAUACUCAAUAUAUAACAUGCCAACAACACAAACUAGUACAUUAGGCACUGGAGGAGUGAGUGAAGGGAGUACAGUGGAUGAGAAGGAUUAUAUGAAGUUACAAGUAUUGCUGCUGGAUACAUGUAUAAAGUAUUGUACAAUGGGAAGGUUUUCAGUCGAGUCGGCAAUAUCAUCGCUGUACCUAAUUGUCGAGUCGUUUGAUAACAUCAACUUUGUAUUCGGAAGACUGUUGUGUCAGUUUGUCCAGAAAGUGCCCCUAACAAGGAAGGUAAUUGUUGACGUGAUCUUCCCAAAGUUGAUCCAGAAACAGUGCUGGCAAGAUAAACAACUUUUCAAAGGAGUUGUAAUUACAAUCUGCACACUCUGGAACCACUUCAAAGACCACCUCCUGAGAUAUAUCCUGGAAAUGCCAAACAGUAAUGUAAAGACAAUAUUAAAGGCACUUCAGGCACAGUAUAAUAUUUCAGACUAUUUCAAAAACAUCACACUACCAGAUAACGUACAAACCAUACUCCAAGAUGUUAUCAACAAUAAAUAA